AUGAGGAAAAGAGCACGGCAACCCAGGCCCUCUGCACCGCAGCGGUCGCCCUCGCCCAUCAAACCCUCGCCAAACCGGGAGACCCUUACCUAUGCACAGGCGCAGCGCAUGGUGGAUCUGGAGGUGGACGGCCGCAUGCACCGGAUCAGCAUCUUCGACAAGCUGGAGGUCAUCACCGACGAUGACCCCACAGCCCAGGAGAUGAUGGAGUGCACCAGCAAUAAGGAGAACACGGAGAAGCCCCAGCAGGCCCCAUUGCGCUCUGCGCGGCUCAAAAACAGCCAGCAGAAAAAGAAAGCCGCUCUGAACGCACAAAAGCCUCAGGCACCCAUAAGCACCCUGCCUGAGCCCAAAUUUCGCACUGUGGAUUACAACCUUCCAGCUGUACCUCGGAGACCUUCACAAUACUACAAGUAUGAGGAGAAGACUUUGGAGGAGCUGGACGAGGAGGUGGAGUAUGACAUGGACGAGGAGGACUACGCCUGGCUGGACCUCGUUAAUGAGAAGAGAAGAAGCGAAGGGUUCAGCCAGGUUUCUCCUAACGUCUUCGAGUUCCUCGUGGAUCGAUUUGAGAAGGAAUCGUUCAUGGAGAGCCAGGGCCAGCAGGUCCAGCAGUCACUGGUGGACGAGGAUGCUGUGUGCUGCAUCUGCAUGGAUGGAGAGUGCCAGGACAGCAAUGCCAUCCUUUUCUGUGAUAUGUGCAACCUAGCUGUUCAUCAGGAGUGCUAUGGAGUGCCGUACAUUCCUGAGGGCCAGUGGCUGUGCCGUCAUUGCCUACAAUCUCCCACCCAGCCUGCUGACUGCAUCCUCUGCCCCAACAAGGGCGGUGCCGUCAAGAAGACGGACGAUGACCGCUGGGGUCAUGUGGUCUGCGCCUUAUGGGUGCCCGAAGUGGGUUUCUCCAACACGGUUUUCAUCGAGCCCAUUGAUGGCGUGGCAAAUAUCCCCCCUGCCCGCUGGAAGCUCACCUGCUACCUCUGCAAGGAGAAAGGCGUCGGCGCCUGCAUCCAAUGCCACAAAGCUAACUGUUACACCGCCUUCCACGUCAGCUGCGCACAAAAGGUUGGUCUCUUCAUGAAGAUGGAGCCCAUCAAAGAAGUGACAGAGUCAGGUACCUCUACCUUCUCGGUGAAGAAGACGGCCUACUGUGGGGCUCACACCCCCAACGGCUCCGUCAGGAGGCCCCUCACCAUAUACGACGAGACCAAAAACCAAACCAAAAAUGGACUCUGUCAGACGGCGGGGAAAAACCACAGCCGAACAAGACUGAAAAAGAAACAGAAGAAAUCAAAGAGCAAGAAGGCCGCAGAGCCUGUAGCAGCAGUGCCAGCAAUGUCUGUGCCUAGUUUUCCAACCAAUAGGUUAAACACCAUCCUUAAUCAAGUUUCUCUCCAGAGGAAGAAGGUAUUCGUCGAGCUGGUCUUGAACUACUGGACCCUGAAGAGACAAUCACGGAACGGACUGCCGCUGAUCAGGCGGCUCCAUUCUAGCCUGCAGUCCCAGAAAACCGCACAGCCUAAGCACAGUGAGGAGGAGAGCCGGGCGCUGAAGGAGCAGCUGAAGGAGUGGCAUCGUUUGAGGCAUGACCUUGAGAGAGCCCGGCUGCUACUGGAGCUGAUCAGAAAGAGAGAGAAACUCAAAAGAGAGGAGAUGAAACUUCAGCAGUCAAUUCUAGAAAUGCAGCUCACUCCAUUCACCAUUCUCCUAAGGUCUGUUUUGGAUCAGCUACAGGAAAAAGACCAGGCUAAGAUCUUUGCACAGCCUGUUAGCAUCAAGGAGGUGCCUGAUUAUCUGGACCACAUCAAGCAGCCCAUGGACUUUUCCACCAUGAGGAAACGUAUAGACGCACAGAGCUACAAGAACCUGGACGAGUUCGAGGCUGAUUUCAAUCUCAUCAUUACAAACUGCAUGAAAUACAAUGCCAAGGACACCUACUUCUACCGUGCUGCUGUUAGACUGAGAGAUCAGGGCGGGGCCUUGCUCAGGAAGACACGGCGCCAUGUUGAGGGCAUUGGCUUUGAAUCUGACAGUGGCAUGCAUUCACCUGAACUUCCUAAUAUUGAGGCAUCUGCUCCAUUCUCCUGGGAAGAAGUGGACCGGUUGCUGAUCCCAGCCAAUCGGCAACACAUGUCCCUUGAUGAGCAGCUGAAGGAACUUCUGGAGAAGCUGGAUCUGACCACGGCCAUGAAGUCCAGCGCCUCGCGCAGCAAACGGCUGAAGCUGCUGAAAAAGACUAUCAGUGAUGUGAGGAUGGAGAUGAGUCUGAGGAGCAGCCAGCCACUCUCCUCUGAACAGAGAAGAGCAGCAGUGGAGCCUUCAGCAGAGAACAACUCGGCAGAGGAAGGCGACAAAUCAGUACCUCCAGAGCUGGAGCCCUCAGACUCCCACGCCCCUCUCGCAAACACUGAUGGCCCGUCUGAGCCACCUACACUGAAGCCCAUUGAGCCCAGCCUGGACCAGCCCCGGUCAGGCAAGCUUGACGGGCACCAGGACGCCUUCCCGUCCCACAAGGAGAACCUCAACGGACACUCGAGAGACCGACUGCUGCUUGAUGAUGGCGAUGUCAGCGUGGUUGCCACGUCGACCCUGGCCGAGCCCUCCGGUCCGGUAAACAGACGGACGUCAGUGCUUUUCCGUAAGUCUAAAAGUGUCAGCCCCCAGAAGCCUGUGCGAGGCGGGGAAGCCCAGGCAGAGCGUCCUCAGCUGGGCGCCAGGAACUUCCUGUCUGUGGUGAUCCCCCGCCUGGAGACCCUACUCCACACCAAGAAGAGAACACGCAGUGCCAGCAGGGGCAGCGAAGGGGAAGAGGAGUUACCCGCCAAACGCCCCGACACUGGCCUGUCGAACGGUUUUGUUCUGGAGCAGCAGAAAGAGUUGAAUCCCAGCAGGCAGCAGGAGCCUCGCCGCAGGUGUGCUUCUGAAUCUAGCAUCUCUUCCAGUGGCAGUCUGCUGGGUGCUACCAGCAGUGUCCCGCUGAGUUUUCCAAAGUGUGGGAAGGGGAAGCCAGCACUCGUCCGGAGAAACACUGUGGAUGACAAAAGCGAGCUCAUCGCUUGCAUUGAGACUGGCAACUUCGCCAAAGCCGCUAGACUCGCUGCUGAAGUUGGCAACAGCAAUAUUUGGAUGCCUGCUAAUGCUGCAACAGUUGUUCUGGAACCUCUAAAACUAGUUUGGGCAAAAUGUAGCGGAUAUCCCUCCUACCCUGCCUUGAUAAUCGACCCUCACAUGCCUCGGGUGGGCUGCCAUCACAAUGGUGUGUCCAUUCCAACCCCGCCUCUCGACGUGCUCAGGAUCGGAGAGCAGAUGCAGUACAAGUCCGAAGAGAAGCUCUUCCUCGUCCUCUUCUUCGACAACAAACGCAGCUGGCAAUGGCUUCCUAAAUCCAAAAUGGUUCCUCUUGGGAUUGACAAGACCAUCGACAAGAUCAAGAUGAUGGAAGGACGCACUUCGGCCAUCCGCAAAGCUGUUCAGAUCGCCUUCAGCCGGGCAAUGAACCACCUGAGCAGAGUUCAGGAUGAGCCCACCAGUGACCUUAGUGACAUCGACUGACCCGCUCAGCAAACUGCUCAGCAAACCUGGGCAUGUGGGCGGAUUUUAAAGCCUUAGUAUUCUUUUUGCCAGGCUGGCACUUAUCCAGAGGCGCCUAGGGGGUAUCUCACAAAACAGGAUUUCUUAUGUAUAACACUCGCAGUUAUUGCCAGCAAUAAAAAAUUCUAUAUUAAUUAUUAUUUCAUUUAUGGUCAUUGAAACAUGGAAAGUACAGAUUCUAAACUUUCAAUCUGUAUCACAUUUGUGUUGGUAACUACAAGAUGAGAUAUUUUAUGAUCAUUUGAAUUUGAUGAAUAGUUAUUGUUGUGCAGAGUCCAGUUUACUGGAUUUUUGCCACUUUUUAAUAUUUCUUAACAUCGAAUGAUGGAAAAAAGUCAGUCAUAUUAAUGCAAAUGGAAUGUAAAUAUCUAAUUAGUUCACUCACUAUGUUAUUACAUACAUAAUUACUAUUGAAAAGUAUUAACUAUUGACUUCCAAGGGUUAACCAGAUAACUAAAGCCCACAGUCAGUCCUGUCCAAUAGGAAAGAAAGUAAUGGACAGUUCUUUUGGACAGCCUUUACUUUGGGCUCAAGUUGUCCAGCUAAACAGAGAAAUCCUGCCUUAUGAGAUACCCCCAUGACGUUCCCCUGAGGCCUCUUUGUGAAUCUGUAGUGUGUCUGCUGCCUCUCUGCCCUUUUUCAUCCUCCGCUCCGGUGGCUGCUGCUCUGUUGAAUGUGUAGAGAGGUUUGAUCAUUUCUCCUUCACUGUGCUGACUGACCACUGAGUGACCAGUGCCAAUUCCACUGCCACUCGCCACCUCCAUGUCUUUCACUCCGCCUGAUGUUUUCAUUUCCUCUCACAGAAGUGUUCAUCUUAUUUAACAAACUGUGUAAAUAACUGUAAAUGGCCCCAUGCUAACUUAUUCUGUAGAGUUACCGCAGUGGGUACUGUACAUUCGUUAUUUUUUCCUUUUUUUAAAGUAGUAUUUAUACUUUUUUUUGAUGAAUUAUCUUCAGCAUCCCCUCGUCUUCCUCACUGAUGCAGGAAAAAAGUGAAUCGUGUGAAGCUCAAGCAGGAAAGGAUGCGUGAUCAGGGCUUGAACAUAAUGUGAGACUAUAUCCUCUUCAUUUGUUUUUUUUAUCAUUUAAAUUAUUGAAGUUUAUAUGCAUAAACUUCCCUUUGGUAUUAAAUGUUUUUUGUAACCGAUGAUGUUUUUUACAACAGUUUUAGCGCUAUUUUGUUCUGAUAUAUUUAUAUAACUAAAUAUAUAUCUGUAUUCUUCAGAUUCUCACACAGAAAGUCUUGUUGUUAUGGAAACUGAAAGUUCGUUGUUCUCAUGAAACCAAAAGAAAAAAAAUGCUGCCCAGACAUUUCCUCUUUUUUUUUUAAUUGUUUUUUUUUUUUACUUGAUUCGUUUGUGUUGUUUGAACAGUUUUGCUAAAGCUGUCCUGGUUUUUUUUUAUUUUUUUUUAUUAUUAUUAUUAUUUUAUUAUUUGAUAAUACAACAGUUUGGUUGUGCUUUUGGGACCUUCAUGAUCAUUGUAGAAUGAUGUGCCUGUGUUUAUUUAUUGUGAUGGGGGGGAAAAAAAGGAAUCUGCAUUUACUUUAUAUUAAAUGGGAAAGAAAGAAACGAGUCAUUAGUCGCUUAUGGCACAUUCUGGUGGAUCUCUAUUGAUUGGCCUUUUUUUUUAUUAUUAUUUUUUUUUACUAAAUACUGUUGGAUAUGACUGUUUAGUGAAAUUGAUUACGUUCAUUUAGUUGUACUCUGGGUAGCAAAAGGUAGAUGUUUGGAUACCUUUUUAUACAUUCUAGAAGUUUCUUUUAUUUGAUAACAGAAUGGUUGCUGGGAUUUCUUUUUUUUAUAUAGAUACACUGAUAAUAAAACAGGCAAAAGAUAUGAACCACAAAA